AUUCUUCGCAGCUGAUGGAGCAGGUUGGAAGUCGACGCUGCUUGCUGCUGUAGCCCCUGAUAAGUUCUUUAGCUUGGCAUGAUUAAAAUCCGACCACUGUUAAGUGUCUUGGUUAACUACAGACAGUUGCUAGCUAGAAACGGUUUUAAGUUGUGCACAAUGAGUGAAGAAUCCACAGAUCAACAGACAGCCAAGUUGUUAAAAAGGUCAAAUGAGGAGAAUGAGGACUCAGCUGAGAGAGCCACUAAAAGAGUGAAAGCAGAAGGGGAGCACACUGAAGAUGACAAGAAGUACCCUAAGAAGAAAGUGGUCCUCCUUUUGGCAUACUCCGGGAAGGGAUAUUAUGGCAUGCAGCGGAAUCCUGGAAACUCCCAGUUCAGAACCAUUGAAGAUGAUCUGGUCAUUGCUCUUGUUAAAUCUGGUUGCAUUCCUGAAAACCAUGGUGACGACAUGAAGAAGAUGUCCUUCCAAAGAUGUGCCAGAACAGAUAAGGGUGUUUCUGCUGCUGGUCAAGUGGUUUCACUGAAGAUACGUUUGAUUGAGGACAUAAUAGAAAAAAUCAACGAGCAUUUGCCCCCACAGAUCAGGGUGUUGGGACUUAAGCGAGUAACCCAGGGAUUUAAUUCCAAAAACAACUGCGACGCUCGUACGUAUUCCUACAUGCUCCCAACUGUGGCCUUUUCCCCCAAAGACUAUGACACUGAGAAUAUAGCAGCAUUUCGCUUAGAACCAGAGACUCUUCAGAAGGUGAACCAGCUUUUUACCCAUUACAAAGGCACCCAUAACUUCCACAACUUCACCUCCCAGAAGGCUCCAAGUGAUCCCAGCGCCCGCCGCUACAUCACAGAGAUAUCCUGCGGGGAGCCUUUCGUCCGUAACACUUGGGAGUUUGCUGUAAUCACUGUGCGAGGCCAGAGCUUUAUGCUGCACCAGAUUCGCAAAAUGAUCGGCCUGGUGAUUGCAGUGAUCAAGGGCUAUGCCAAGGAGCAGGUGAUAGAGCGGAGCUGGGGUCAGGAAAAGGUGGACGUCCCCAAAGCUCCGGGACUUGGGCUGGUACUUGAGAGGGUUCACUUUGACCGGUACAACAAGCGCUUCGGAGGAGACGGUCUGCACGAGCGGCUGGAGUGGGAUCGCGAGGAGGAGGCGAUCAAGGCCUUCAAAGAGGCUCACAUAUAUCCCACCAUAAUCGAGACGGAAUGUGAGGAGGGCUCCAUGGUCAGCUGGAUGUCCACUCUUCCCAUCCAUGACUUUGAAGCAACAGUUACUGAAACACAAGACAGUAAAGACCAAAAACAGGAGAAUGCAGAUGAAGGGAACAACUCUGAUUAGGCCACCUGUGGAGAGAUGCCUUUUGUCAAAGAAAUAAUUGUUUAUAUUUGGUAUUAUAUUUGUUUGUUGUUUAAAAUCUUAAAGACAACUGCUAUUAACUAGCAUAAUAAACCCUUUUUUGUUCUCUAA